AUGUCUCACACUGGCGUGGCUAUUCUUGGUCUCAUGCGUGCUUGGGGCGCUGCCGACAGCAAGGUGGCUUCUUGGUACAAGUCCAAGUACAAGCCGUUCCCCAUCCCCGAUAACCCUCUCUUCACCAGCAAGGAUGUCUCGGUCGUGGCACUGCUCCUGAGUCCUCCCCCGAUCUUCGAAAAAUGCCUCAGGUCCUGGCUCAAGAACCAGCCCCACGAGGUUAUUCUCGUCACUACCUUCGACUACGUUCAGGCUGUUCGCUCGGUCAUCGAGUCCUUUGACAUGAGCAUCGCGGAUCGUGCCUUGAUCAAGGUGGUCCAUCUUGAUGAGGGCGUCAGUGGCCACCGCCUCCAGCAAGCCAUGGGAUUCAAGGCUGCCAGUGGCAAGAUCAUGGCCGUCACCGAUGAUCAGAUCCUCUGGCCCGACAGCCUUCUGAAGAGCAUGCUCCCCUGUUUCGAGGAUCCCCAGGUUGGUGCGGCUGGUGGCCCGAUUGAAAUCUACAUCCCAGAGGAGCGCCGGGACAGGAACAUUGUCACCCCGUGGGAGGUUGCUGGUACCAAAUUCCUCUUUGGCGGCCGUGGUGGUGGCACUGCGGCCUUUGCCUGCAACAAGUGGACGUGGUGCCUGGCAGGCUGUACCUGGCUUGGCCGCACAGCCAUCUUCCAGGACCCCGAGUUCAUCCAUGCCCUCACCACCGAGACCUGGGCCGGCCGGCCCCUGAACUCGGGAUCAGACAACAUCAUCACCCGCUACCUGCUGCAGAGGGGCCAUGAGCGCAACACGCUGCAGAACUUCUGGAGGUUUCUCACUGACGUCCCCCAGACCUACAACCACCCCUACAUCGUCUAUGUCACUCUCAUGCGUCUCCUCCGUGUCCCGGUGGCCCUGAUCCACCUGGCCGGAUGGGCCCUUUGUCUCAGGCACCACCCGGUCAUUGCCCUGGGCUUCCUCGCCUUCUACGUCUACAGCAUGGUCCCUACUUACCGCGCCUUCUGGGCCACGUACCCUUACAUGUUCAGCCUCGGAAACCUGCUGGCAGCUGUGGCUGUGGACUUUUCCCCCAUCCCCAUUGGUCUGUGGGGAAUACUCACCGUCAACACCGACAGCUGGGUCCACGGAGACGGAGCUGGUGCUAGGAAGCAGCCGGGCAUUGCCUUGACGGAGCUAGAUCAUGCCUGUGACCAGACCAAGGACUCGCCCAAGGAUUCUUCCGAGGCGGCCGAGCAGGUGGACGAGGACAUGUUCAAGAAGGAGAAGUAA